CGCUUUCUCAUACAAAACACCUCUUCGUCGCCUCCACCACCUACAAAACCACUGCGCUCCGCCGCCGAUCCCACGUCCACUCUCCCUCUCCACUCCCCAAUCCCUUUUCUCAUCACCUUCAGAGCCCCCUUCUCCUUCAUGUGCAAAUCCAAGAAGAAAAUAAUCAAACAAGUCAUCCAACCCACCCGAAAAUCUCCAUCUUCUUCAUCAACUCGAUCGAAAAAUUCCCCCCAAACUUCAUCCUCCUUCUCCACCGGCUCCGACAACUUCGUCAUUCCCAGCACCACCUCCACCUCCACCUUCCACAAGGACUCCCGCCGCUCCACCGCCUCCCCCCGCACCAAUCUCUCCAGCAUCCGCGAAACCGUCCUAUCCAACCAGACCCAAAUCUACGACUUCCAUGAAAUCUGCGUUGCCACCAACAAUUUUCUGCUCAAGCCACAUUCAUCGUCGUCCUCCUCCACAGCGUGGCUGUGCAGCGUCCGCGAUCAGCAGUCGUUAGUCGUGCAGCGGCGCUUCCGCCGCCAAUUGGACACCGCGCAGCUCGUCGACCGCCUCUCGGUAAUCUGCAAGAGCCAUCACUCUAGUUUGAUUAAGCUGAAGGGGGCUUCAAUUUCCGGUGGUUAUACAUAUUUGGUGUACGAUUACGUUGCUGGUGCUAGUCUCUCUGAUUGUUUGAAAAAUCCGAAAAACCCUAAUUUUACGGUGUUGUCGAAUUGGGCGUCUCGCAUACGCGUUGCAUCAGACAUAGCGCACGGAUUGGAUUAUGUCCAUAAUUCGACUGGAUUAGGAUUUGAGUUCGUUCACAAUCAUAUCAAGAGUAGUAGCAUUAUUGUUGUUGAGCCGGAUUUGAAUGCCAGAAUUUGCCAUUUUGGUACAUCCGAGCUAUGUGGUGAGAUCACGAGGGAAAAUGUGGGGCGUAGUAAGAUUGAUAAAUUUGAAGGGACUCGAGGGUACAUGGCCCCAGAGUUUCAAAGAAGUGGGAUCGCCACACAAAAAUGCGAUGUUUAUGCAUUUGGGGUAGUGAUUCUUGAGCUUGUAUCGGGGAUGGAGGCGUUGACGUAUAGAGUUAAUGAGGAGAGUGGGAGCUAUGCGAGGAUAUCGGUAGUGGAUGCAGGGAGAGAGGCAGUGGAGGGUGGCGGAGGUGGGUUGAGGCAGUGGGUGGACAAGAGGCUGAAGGACUCUUAUCCGGUGGAGGUGGUGGAGAAGCUAACACGGUUGGCAUUGGAUUGUGUGGCUGAUGAUCCUGAUAGCCGGCCGGAUAUGGGGAAAGUGGUGGUUCGGAUUUCACAGAUGUUCUUGGAAUCACAGAAGUGGGCAGAGAAGAUGGGCGUUAUAACUGAGUUUAGCGUCUCUUUCGCUCCACGCUGCAGGAUACCACAUCGUUCACGGUUGCAUCAAGAGUUCUUGGCAUGUGGAACAGCCAAACAGACAAGAAGAAUGCUCCAAAGUGUGCGGUCAAGAUCGAUCUCCGGAAGGCGUACGACACUGUGGACUGGGACUUCCUCAGAUCCAUCCUUCAUGGACUGAACUUUCACCCGAAGUUCGUCUAUUGGGUGAUGCAGUGUGUCACGACACCCAGGUUCUCGAUCGCGAUCAACGGGAGCCCGCACGGAUUCUUCCUCGGCAAAAAGGGCCUACGACAGGAAGAUCCUAUGUCCCCUACUCUCUUUAUCUUUUGCAUGGAAUACUUAUCUCGUUUGCUUGCAGCUCGAACGACGGACUCUAACUUUAACUUCCAUGCAAAAUGUGCGAAGGAAAAGAUUACUCACUUGGCUUUUGCAGAUGAUCUUAUGCUUUUUAGUAGGGGCGACUACAUGUCCAUGGAGAUCUUGGAGAAUGCUAUGGAGGAAUUCUCGGGCUGUUCGGGCUUAGAGAUCAACAAGGACAAGUCUAACCUUUUUUCAGGAGGCAAGCUGCCAUCACGGGACUUGGAGGAGAUCAAGAGUAUUUUCGGCUUCCCGUUGGGUUCGUUGCCGGUGAAGUACUUGGGAGUGCCUCUCGCGUCGAGCAAGCUCAACAUCAUGCACUACACACCGCUGAUUGACAAGAUAGCAUCCCUCACCAAAAAGUGGACAGGUAAGAACCUUUCAUAUGCCGGUAAAACUGAACUUGUGCACUCUGUUUUGCCGGGAGUUGAGUGCUACUGGCUACAAGUGUUUCCCCUGCCGGCAAAUGUGAGGGAUCGGGUCAUUUCCAUCUGCCGAGAGUUCUUGUGGGGUACGAAAUAUCCCCCCGUGGCCUGGAAGGAUCUAUGCCUACCGAAGGAUGAAGGGGGACUCGGCUUUCGGGACCUUGGGGCGUGGAACAAGGCUCUACUUGCGAGGAACUUGUGGAACAUUCACGUGAAGAAGGAUUCACUGUGGAUCAAAUGGAUCCAUAGUGAGUUUCUCAAGGAUCGGACGUUGUGGGAAUGGACGGCGAGAUCGAGGGACUCACCACUCUUCAAGAGGCUGCUUGAAAUCCGAGACGAGUUACUGACCGACCGGCCGAGAAGAGGAGUGGAGAGGAUGCUGGGACAGUGGUACGGGAGCAAGGGAGCGGUCGAGGCGUACGAGUGGUUCAGGCCAAAAGGUGAACGACGAUUGUGGCACCGAUUCGUUUGGAAGGACUUUGUCCCGCCAAAGUACUCCUUCACUACUUGGCAAGCCCUUAGAGGACGACUCCCAACGAGGGACAGACUGGGCUACAAGAACAUCGACCAAUGCUGCUCGUUGUGCAUGGCGCAUAUGGAGUCCGCGGAUCACCUUUUCUUCAAAUGUCACAAGACUUGGGCAGUUUGGAAGGAGAUCAAAUCCUGGCUGGGACUGAGGAGGAACAUCACUACUA